AUGGAGCAGGUCAGAGUUGUGACCGACUCCUGCGGAAAGUUUGCUCCGGAGAAGUUGUCCGUCUCAAUAACCAUCGGCCGGACGCUGAUCCCCCGGUAUUUCAGCACCGUGUUCGAGGGGGGGGUCACCGAGCUCCACUACAUCCUCAAACACUCCAAGGAGUCCUUCCACAACUCCUGCAUCACGCUGGACUGCGAUCAGUGCACCAUGGUCACCCAGCACGGGAAGCCAAUUCCUGAUUGGUCGGCUCGGGGUGGGCGGGGCUCUCCAGGUGUGGGGCUGAAAGGUGUUGACAAGGUGACACGGGGUGCCAAUUUGUGCAAACACCCCCCGCCCGGCACCCCGACACUUCCACUCAGGGCCCAGCGGGCGCUGCGUUCCCUGACCGGUUUCAGCUGCCUGGGGGCCAGAAAAGUCUUCCGCCACCGUGAAAAAACCUCCGACUGGUCACCGGUAACAAGGACCGAGCCCUCAGAGCCAACACACACCGGUCAGGGAACGCAGCGCCCGCUGGGCCCUGAGUGGAAGUGUCGGGGCGGGGGGGCGUUUGCACAAAUUGGCACCCCGUGUCACCUUGCACAAGACCCUCAGGUGCUGGAACAACUGUCCAAAAACAUCACUCGUAUGGGCUUGACCAACUUCACCCUCAACUACCUCAGGGGCUAG